AUGUUGCUCCUCUUUUAUGUAUGUUUAGGGAUUCUUUGUUGUACAAAGAAUGUUUUGUCAUCACUAACAUUUUUGAAACCAACUCAUUUAGAGAGUAAAAUCGUUGGAGGUGAAGAAGUAUCAGCUAAUUCCAUUCCCUAUAUGGCUGGAUUAUUUAUUACAAAACCAACCGACUUAUAUCUUUGCGGAGGUGUUCUUAUUUCAACCAAAUAUGUUUUAACCAGCGCAAAUUGUUUAAAAUCUUCUACAAGCGUUGAAGUAAGAUUAGGAGCUCAUAAAGUAAAUCAAGAAGAAUCGACUCAAAUAAGAUUAACAUCGACUCAAUUUAACAUUCAUGGUGAUUGGAAUAGUACAAGUUUAACGAACGAUAUUGCUACGAUUCUUCUUCCAUCAGCAAUAACACCAAAUAAUUAUAUCAAGCCGGUUAGUUUACCGGGAAGAGCUGAUAAAGACACAACGUUUUCAGGCGAAUGGGGCGUUGUAAGUGGUUGGGGUCGCGAUUCUGACGCUGCCAAUUCAAUGAGUCAAGUUUUACGUUCAGUUGACGUUGAAAUUAUGUCCAAUGCAAAUUGUAUUUUUUAUUACGGAACUUAUGUAACUCCCGGGCAUAUUUGUACGAGUGGAUGGGGUUGGGUCAUGUAG